GGGAGAAAAAUAUUAAUUAUUUUGUGAUUGAUCGGAUUUUUACCUUUGACUUUUAACUACAACCAGCUCAUUUCUUUUUUCACAUUAUUUGUUAAGUGGUGGUGGUUUAUUUUUUAUUUUUUUUAUUUUAUUUUAUUAUUGAAUUAUUGGAUUUACAACACAGCCAUGAAUGCAAAGAGAAUUGGCAAACAGCAGGAUGGCUUAUCUAUACCUGGCAACAGCCAGCAGCAACAUCAACACCCUGGAGAAGGAGAAGAGCCCGUUGACACUGAACUCGAAGAACUCCGGCGCGUCCGGCGAGCACUCAGCAAAAUGAAUCAAGGAAUUGAAAACGUCCAGCACCAAAUGAAGUACUUCAACAGCAAUGUCAGCCAAACCACGCAACUACUAGACAUCUGGGUACGCAUUUUAUCGCAGACCGCUCACAACAAAGCAUACAUGGCUAACGAGGAUUGGCAUGGGGGCAGUAUGGAUACGGCAAAGCUUAAUGACUUGGCUCAGCGCGAUAGGCAGAGGGAGGAGGAGGCGGAGCGGAGGGCUAUGGAAUUGGAGGAGAGGCAUGAGAGGGAGAGGGGGGAGGCGAGGGAGAGGGAGAGGAGGAGGGCGGAGGCUGUGGAAGCAGAGGCGGCUGCGAGGCAGCAGACGCAGGUUACGCGCCCUGGGAUUGUGCCUGGUCGCCGUCCACCGCCGGCCCAGGCGCUCGUGGACGCGGUGCUGGCACACGUGGGGGACGCGGUCGAGGCCGCGGAUCCAGCAGCAGCAGCAGCAGCAGAAUUGGUCUAUACCGCCAGCAACAUCGAGCAGCCGAAUCUGGCCGCCUCGCUAGUGGUGGGUAGCAGCUGAUUUUUCAAAUGUUUUUC